AUGGGCGUUGUGCGGGACCGAGAACCACCUGCCUACUUCUACGCAAGCAAAUCGUAUGGGAAUAUACCUUUUCUCGAUUCUGUAGGUCCUGAGCUUUUGGCAAAGAGGCUUUGGUCGGACGGUAAUCGGAUAAUUACACAGCACUUGGAACGUAGUCGAGUAUUGUAUAAUAUGUUUGGAAGUCCGAUGGCCUGCUCCGAGUCGGCAACACUACAACGGUCUGAACUAAUUCGAUGUUCAUCGAUCUCAUCGAAGCCUCGUUUAUCAUACUUAUGUAUUUUUAUGCUGUUCCACGGCCGGCAGAAAAUAUGGCGCAAUAUUCAUCAAACGACAGCCGCGGCGGUAAGUACCCUGCUGCUGCUUCUGUGCGCACCGUAA